AUAAUAUUAUUAAGAAUCAAGCGCAUAGUAGUAAAGAAUUUAAUGAAAUGCAGACGGUUUCUCAUUUGAGUAUUAAGUAUCCUAGUAAUAUAAAAAAUCGUGAUAUUAUAUCCCAAAUCAAACAUCCCUAAUACCAUAAAAGUACAAUACAAAACGUAUCUUGUAUGUUCUUAACAAACAAAAAUUAAACCCGCUCACUUGAUACAUAAGAAACGGUAGCAGUGAUAAAUUUGUGUGACACAGUGAUUGACACAUCCAACUAUUAGAGGUCCUUAUUAACAGAGGAUUCGUGAGAUGGGGGAAGACACCGCGACCUCCGUAGAAGUUAAUACCGAAUACCCAAAGCGGAGUUUCUUUAAGAUCAAUAAAAACUUAAUUCUUCUAAAGAGUACACUUUUCUUUCUACAUGGAGCCCAAUCAUCGCUCGUUCCGUACCUUACAAUACACAUGCAAAGCAUUGGUUUGAGCAUGGAACAAAUUGGUAUUAUUUAUCUAUGUCUACCAUUCACGACCUUUAUCGCUCCACCAGCUACUGGUUACUUAGUUGACAAGUUCGGUAAAUACAAACAAAUUGUAAUCGGUUGUUUCAUUUUAACAGCUUUGUUACAUCAUUCUCUGUUAUUUAUGCCUCAAAAAGAAACACCAGGCACCGUACCAGAUGGAUAUAUAAUCAGGCAUCCAAAGAAAAUGUAUAUUGAGGUUUGGUGGAGUCCAUGUCCCAGCAGGGAAUGUCCAGAUGAUGAAGAACUAGAUAUUGUACUUGAUUAUUGUGUUGAUCACUGCUUAUUAAGAGACGCGAAGCUUGCGAAAACUUUGAAACAGUUGAAAAUUAGUGAGAAUAGCCCCAUCAAUAAUCUUCAAAAACCUCCAUCUGAAAGUGCUGAUCCAGGAGAUACAGACGACUUGAGUUUUCGCAUUAAAAAGAAGAAAACAAAUGAUACGGCAACAUCAUUCACCUUAGAUAUGCAUCCGAAUCUUGGAGAUCCAGUAGAAACGUUCGGUAUCGAAAUCGAAGACGAAAGUGACGAAGAUGUAACUGAUUUCAAAAAGAGAUUUCGGGCAGGGAUGCUGAAAAGAAAUGGAGUAGAUAUGGAGGAACUAGAAACGUUAGAUUUGCGGUGUGGAGGAAUUGUGGGAGAUGCGAAUUCUACUACGAGAGAGUUACUUUCUAACUAUACCGCCGACUGCAUUCUACAAAAGUGUCAAUUCAGAUCAGGUGGUCCUAACGUUUGUCCUCCAGACUACAUACCAGCAGACCAAAUGAUUUUCUGGAUAUACGGAGGUUUGAGAUUCUUAGCAACCACUAUGCAACUUGCAGCUACAUCUGCUAUGGACCCAGUGGCUUUAUCUAUGAUAGAAAAGCAUGGUGGCGAUUUUGGAAAAGAACGAUUAUUCUCAUGUUUCGGUAUGGCUAUCUUUGCACCCAUAACAGGAGCCCUUAUUGAUUGGAAUACUCAGAGACUCGGUCAUACCGAUUAUUCUCUAGCUUUCUAUUGUUUUGAUCUCCUAUUAAUAUUAGCAUCUAUCUCUUUAUUAUUUAUGCCGUUGGAUACGAAAAUACCUGCAGAUGAUAUGCUGAGUGAUUUGAAAAAGAUUUUCAGAAUGCCAGCUCUGAUGAUAUUCGUUUUUUUCUUAUUCAUUCUAGGCAACUUAUGGGGUUUCAUAGAAAGUUACCUAUUUUUCUAUUUGAAAGAUCUGGGAGCUCCUAACUAUCUAUUGGGUGUAACAGUCACUGUCGGAACUAUAAGUAGCGUUCCCUUCCUUUAUGGAUCUGAUAAAAUAACAGGAACUAUUGGACAUGUCCGCGUCAUAGUUUUAGCGUUUUUCGCUUAUUCUAUUCGAUUGGUAGGAUAUUCAUUAAUUGAGAGUCCUUGGUGGUGUUUUCCAUUUGAAGCAUUAGAAUCAAUUGCAGUACAUUUAAUGUGGGUUGCUGCAGCAACAUACUGCGCAAUCCUAGCACCUAGAGGACUUCUGGCAACAUUAUUAGGUGUAUGCUCUGUUGCUCACUACAGUGUCGGAAGAGGUAGCGGAAGCUUUACUGGUGGUCAUCUGAUAGGUAAAUUUGGUAUAACGUCAUCAUUCAGAAUCAUGGGAAUGCUUGCGGUUACUUCUGGUUUAGCGUAUGCCUUCUUACAUUAUACCUGGUUGAAAAAUGCUGAAUUGCUUCAAGAAGACGAAGAAGAAGCGGAACAACUGAGAAAUGGCCAACCAAAAUAUAAAGAUCAGAGCACAUCUAUGAGUAUGGAAAGAUUGAGUAUAAUGAUCGAACAUAGUCAAAUAGGUUCAAUAACUUCGCUUGGCCGACAUUCUAGAAGUGGAAUAAUCAGAAGAGGAAGUUUAUCGAAAAGACAAUCGAUUCCUAAUGCCAGAGCUGAACUUCUCAAAUCAGCCAAUGAAAUAAAUCAGAUGAAUCAGGGUAGAAUGAGACACAAUACGGAACGGGACGACUCCAAUAGCAGAAUAUAUCCAUCUUUAAGUAUACAAGGUGUAAACGGUAGUAUAUUAAAUGAAAAAGAUGAAAUUGUAUACGAUGAAUUGAAAAAAAAGGUUAAAAAUAAUGAGCAGAAGGAUGAGAAAAUCUAUGAUGAAAUCAAAAAGAAAACGGAAAGUAAUAAAGAUGUAACGGACGAAGAUUAUAGAAAUAAACCCGGAAAAUUAUGAUAUGAAGCCAUAUUAUUCAAUUUAUAACUACUAUAAUACAUUUAAUUUAAAUGUUUUUAAAACUGUGAAAUUCACAAAUUGAUACUGACGCUAAAAAUCCUUCCAUACAUAAUUUUCUCUUUUUGUACAAGUUGUUCCAAUGUGCUGAUAAAAUGAUAACUGGUCACAUAUUUAUAAUUAUCCCUGAAGAUAUUUUUUUCAUGUAUUGCUUUAUGGGAAGCUAAUAAAUGGAUAGAGAGGAAGUUAUAGAAGCGGUCAUAGACGUAUGAAUAUUCCGUAUUCAAAAAGAAAUUUAUUUCCAUGAGCUUUUGAAAAUUGUCGCCUGUGUCCUUUUUAUUCUUAGAAACCUUCGAAACGAAUAAUAAUGAUGAAACUUGAUAACUAUAUGAGUGACACUUUCUCAAAAAAGGUAUAGAAUUAACAAAAUUGUGAAAUACUUCUACCCAAUCUAAAAACAGACUAAAAAAACUCAAUUAAAACAUGAAUAAUCCCCUUACUAGUGACUCAGUAAUAAAAUUUCUAGUAUAUUUCAGUUUACUGGCGUAAUAUAAUAAUAUUUUAAUAUUACAAGAAGUCUAGAAAAUAACCGUCAAACUUUCAUCUCAACGGAUUUACAAUAUACGAAAGAGAAACUUUUAACGAUUAUUUUAGUUAACUUUUGAGUAAAAGGAAUUAAUAGGAACUGUUUAAAGUUAAAUAGAAAACUAAUUGAUAAAAUCCAUUUAGUUGGAACUACCCAGAUUUAGAAAGUGCUCAUGUUCUUCAGAAACAAUAUUAUUUUUAGUAUAAGUAUUAUAGUUUGCUAGUCAGAAAAACGAAUUGAUAUUUUUCUCUAGUUUUUUGUUUAGAUAAAUUUCCAUAAACUGGUUGUUAUAGCUUAUUUCAGCAUUUUCACUCUUUUUUUGUUAUCAAUGUUUUUGGUACUUGAAUUAUAAAAAAGGCAUUUUUUCACGAAAGUUCCAUCUUUAUCGAUGAUAUAAUCAGAUUUGUUUAUAGAAUUUGUCUGUUGUCGUUUUUAUUUUUAAAGAGAAUAAAAUGUAAAAUGAAAUCAUGUUGAAGAUCAACAUUGCCCAGCGUCCAAUACUCUACAAAAAUUUGUUUUUCUUUAGAUAUAUUUCCACCACAGUUCAAUUAACAUCGAUGUUUGAUUCAGCUGUAUGGCGGUCCAUCGCAAUUCACUUUCUCGUGGAUUUUAGCCAUCGUGCCGCUCAUUCUUUGGAUUGUUCUACGUUAAAAGAGCCGCUUGGACACCCAAAGCGUAUAAUAUAUAAUUGCUUGAAUUAUGGUCUCAAUAUUAAAUUUCGUCAUGAACAAAUAUCUUCCGAAAAAUUUGAAGGAUAUAAUUCGACAUUGAUUUUUAUUCAGAAAAUAAUAGAAAUUAAACUGUUAUUAUUGUAAACUAUCAUUUUAGAAGAGAUGCCGUUUUUAGUAAAUCCUUAUUUGUGACUAAUUAAACUGAGGCAAAAAAUAAUGAGGCCGUUCUUCGAAAUCUUCUCAGACGGUGUUCAAUUUGUCUUCCCUUCCUCUAAGAGACUUACCGCAAAGAUUAGCAAAACGUUGGUUGGAACAGAAGCUCCGGCAUCUUGUUCAUUUCCACAGAUAAUUCUCAAAUUUGAGGUAUACCAGUAUUACCCUCAAUUUCAAUAUUUUUAUUCUAUAUUUUUCAAUCUUGAGGGGUACAUAUUGUUUAAAAAUGCGACAUCCUCUGAAUGGUACGGAUGAUUCGUCCAUGCGAAAUUUGUUUCCUGGUGUAAAAACUUGCUAAUAAUUUUUCACAAGUUCAUCAACAAAUAGUUGGAAUUUAUAAACUUGGUUGGCCCGUUGUAGGUGGAAUGCCAAAAUUGUAACAAUAAUUAGAAUCUGUAACGGCUCAUGUUAUUUCUAAGAAUUCAAUCACUACUUGUUGGAGUCCAUUUAUGUAUUCGUCAAUUUUCUGAUAUAUCCUCUGCGGCCAUAAUAAUCUGGAAUACAAUUUCGUUUGAGAAAUCAUGUCUUUAAAGUUUCGCCGUUUUAAGAAUGAUCUGAAAUGUUGAAGUGGGGUCGCAUUUAUCGAAUUUCUUCUGACUCUUGACCAACAUCUGUAUGGUUCCCUUGCCGAAUGAUCCACUCCCGAUGAAUUAUAAGGAUUUUCGAUGAUACUGAAUCUGAAUAACUGGUUUAUCUGAGGUUGAACUCAAUAUUAUUUUUGCUGUUUCUUUGAAUUAUUUCUAAUUUCCUUAUUUUCCUCUUUCAAAAACUGA